UUCAUGCCUGUGCAAAUUUCCAAGGCGUUGUUGUUGUGUUAGUAUAAUUAGGCUAUAAUAUAUGAAGUGAUAUGGAAAUAUGUAACAAGACUUUGUAACUUGCAUCUUUCUUUUCAUGUUAAAUUUACUUGAAUAAGUUUUAGAAACGUAGAGAUAAGUGGUUGGCAUCAAACAUGCCAUAAAAUUUACAGAUGGAUGCAGAUAAAUGAGUUGUUAAAAUUUUGUAAUUUUUCCUUCAGCACAUUUGGUGAUUGAUUUUUGCUUGGAACAAUGAUUUAAUUCAGUUAUUUUUCCUUAUCAGCAACCAAGGUACAAUACCAAAAUCUUGCUGGAAAAAUCAUAUUAUUUUACCAUGAUAAUUUUACCUUGGUGUUGUAUUAUAUGAUGUGUUAGAAGAAAAUGAAAAAUAACUUAUCUCCAACUGAAUGGCACCAAGAUUCCAAGCAUGUUCCUGGAGAAAGUCUGAUGUCGACCUGUUAAAUUUGGAUCUACUGAAUAAACAACGGAAAUUUAGCCUUUGUGAUCUACAUUACGAGGAUAAUGGGUGGGGAAUUGUUGACGUUUCUCUUACGUUCAGUACAACCAACACACUUGCAGAAGAAGUUCAGCACCGUAAGAGUCUACAUAAUACAUGGAGCAUAGAUUAACCAUUGAUAGGAUCACUCCACAAACAAAAGAGUGGACGUCAAAGGUACAACUCAUUGAGAAGCCUCGACCAAGGCAAAGUAAAGAUGGAAAGACGCGAUUCCAGAUUGUUGUUGUCCGAGACGAAAGAGAAGAGCAAGUAGCCGCUAUUCUAUACGGGGAAGACAUAGAAAGUAUGCAGACAACUUCACCCCGUUUUCCACUUACUUGAUAUCUACUGCAAAAGUGAGAGUUCCUUUACCCUACGGAGUACCUAUCAACCGUUUUGAAUGGGUUAUUGAUAAAUUUACUAUCGUCAAAGAGGUGAAAGAUGCUAACAUAUAAGACCCACUGCUCCCACCUCCGACGAGGUUGAAUACUGUACCCUUUGCAUAUUUGCACGAGCAACAGCGAAAUAUGGAAUUUGAUAACCAUUAUUUUACGCGUAAUACCUUCUGACAAUUAAAUUUAUUUGUAUCCUUACAUUCUGAGAUCGUGUACAUUGGUCUAAAUUAUAAGUCGCUUGCAAUGUCCACUACACAGACAUAAUUGCCAUUGUGGUGAACUGUGGCUCGAUAAAGUAUGUUGGCGCUAACAAUAGCAAAUGUCGUGAAAUCACCAUAAUGGAUACCAAUAUGAGGCCUACUAUCCUUACGCUGUGGGAAGACUUCGUCGAUGCUGAUGGAAGCAUCCUCGCUGCAGAGGUUGCUUAAUAUCCAGUAAUUGUAGCAAAACGAAUUACGCGAACUACCUAUGCUGGAUUAUCAUUGUCGACAAGGUACAAUUCGGUCAUACUGAUAAAUCUACCAUAUCCUCAAGUUGGAAGACUUCUAAACUGGGUCAGAGACAACCGACCAAGAAUUAUGAGAUACAGUCAGCAGGCAGUAGAUUCGUCUCUUAUGCUUGCGGCAGAAUACAAUGAUACUGUCCCAAUUGCUGAUAUCCAGUCACAACCUCAUAUACAACUCUUUUACGUGGAAGGUAAAUUAUCAUUGCCGACUGAUGACCAAGAUUUUUAUGAAUUACUGUGUUCCCACUACGGGCAGCAGUACAGAACUCAUUCGCCGAAAAUUAUUCAUUGUGCGAGCUGCAAACAACAUGCGAUGUUAACACCCAGAGCACGCUUUGAGGUUGUAAUGACAGGUGGCAGUGGAUCAGUUGUUGCAACAUUAAUAGGCGAAUUAGGAGAGAAAUUUCUUGAUAUAACCGCCGCAGAUAUCUGUGAAAUCUCAGUUAAGGACCAACCAUUACCUCUUGAACACGUUCGACAGCGUCUUCCUUAUAAACUCUUCAAGAUACAACUGAGAAAAACAUUUUCUAGAACUUCUGAUCCGCGGUUGUUCAUUGUGUCCUACUAUGUGAAGGAAGAUUUGUUUCAAUUGCCCGCACCAGUAGCUUCUGAAGAAAUUGGAGAGAGCAGUAACACUAAAUUGGAAAAUGUUGACCUGAAGAAAGAGAUAGAAAAUGAAGGCAGCAGUCAGUUGAAUGUGGAACAAGUUACACCCAUAGAAGAGCUGAAGACCACGUUAACUACAGAAGGUGGCUCUUCUACCAAGAG